AUGAGCCGCGUACUGCCUGUUGGUCCGUCGGUGCUCGACCUUGAUGCUGCUACACGUCGCUGGCCGCAGCGAAAGUCGGCCGUCGCUGGGCUCUUGUACCUCUGGUUUGCCAUGGCCAUUGGCGCCUACUAUCUCGUUCUCCUCUCGCGCAGCUUUGCCAACGACCUCUGGUGGCCGAAUUACAACACGAGCGGGUAUGAGCUUUUUCUCGUCGAUGCCAUCAACCAUGCUUUGGAGCAGCGGCUCGCAGGUGUCGUGGACCUUACAGAGCUUGCCAUGCCAAGAUCGUAUGCCUCAACGCAGCUUCCAACGCCGCACCCAGCAUACGUGCGGUCGCUCUUGCUCGCAGAGCUCACGUCCAUCGAGUAUGCGAUUCGAAACAUCCGCAACAUGACCGCUGAGCAGUCCAUGAUGCUGCCCACGCUCUUUUGCUACGUGGACUUUGGUCAGCGCUGGGAACUCGCCCACACGGUUGCUCGCCAAGCGCGGUGCAAGGAGAAAUACCGCUUCAACGGUGCUGUCUACCUGGACGCCGUCGUUCGUAACGUACAGUGGGCGAGGCUCAUGGAUGCCGUCGGCCAUUUGCUCGAUCAAGCCGUCUUUGCUGCGUUAAGCGCAUCGGGCUCCCAUGGGGACACGUGGCUCACAGCAACAGCAAAUGCCAACCUCUCUCUAGUCGACGAAGCUACAUACUGGCGGUCGCUCGGCGUGACGCACUUUCAAUUGCAGUGGCAAAAUUAUGCGUACACGGGCCUUCAGUCGACGAUGACGGUCGUCAAUGCGCUUGGGAUUGCAGCGACUAUUGAACUUCAUCGAAUCAAGUUCCAGCAAGGUCCGUGGACGACUCACGUGUUCAACAUGUUGUUCCUGAAUGAGAUCUACGCGAUGCAGAAGUGCGGCCAGAGCCUCGUCCGCUAUUCGACCAACUACGUCUUGAACUCCCCGUGCAGCUACUUUGGGUCCCAAGGCUUUGAGGAUUUCCUUGGUCUCAGCGACAGCCGCGGCCGCUUUGUCAAGCAAACGGGACUCGUCCGCGACGCCAUUGGACCGUUCUUGUCUGUCGACCUCUUCGUACUCCCCCCGCCUACCGCUGUGGUGAAGGCUAUUGCAAGCUUUCAGCGUGUGCUCUACCAAGCAGUCCAAGCCAAUGCCACACGGCGUGGAAGGCCGAUGAGUACCUUUUUUACGGCGGCAACCCCAUGUGCUUGA